AUGGCAGUCAACCUACCGCCAGGCUGGACCGCAAUCCCUCGCCCACAGCCAAAAGAGCUCAUCACCCGCAUCAACAACACGUUCCACGAUUUCCUCGACAGCUCCACUAAGCACGUCAAAUACGAGGUCGAGUACGCCUUCAUCGCGGAUGGCGGCUACCGGCGCCUCUUGCUGGUGGUGUUGAACGAAGACCAAUUCCCGGAGCAAGUCGAGAAGGGCCAAACCAUCACCCUCCGAGAUGACGCGUCAGACGGGGUCGUCAGGUAUGAGAUUAUUGGCACCAUCAACGACGCGGAGAUCGUCAUGACUUGCGACGAUGAGAGGUUCAAGACGUUCUUUGACAAUACUGGAAGGAAGUUUGUCAAGGACGUGGUGGUGCAGGACUUGGUCGGUGAGAGGGUUUUGGAGGGGCUUUAUGGGGAUGUGAAGGCGGUGCAGGAGGAGCGGGCGGAGGCGAAGAGGGAGAAGAGGGAGAGGCAGAAGGAGGCAAGGGAAGAAUCAACUAACGCCUCAAUCACAACCACAACCACAGACCAGUCCAGCAUCGACCCUGCAGCAGGGGAGAGGAAGGAGAGGGCGGAGCGGGAGGAGAAGGAAAACGAGAAGCGGCAGCAUGAGAUGAAGAUGGAGUACAUUCAGAAGAGACUGGAUGAGCAGAACCUGGAGGGAGAGUUCGUGGAUCCUAAUACAGAGGAGGGACAGCGAAGGAUCGAGGAGAUGGUGGCGAAGGGCGCGAUGCUCUGCACCGUGCCGGAGUAG